UUCGAUUAGUUCUUCGUUUCGUCAAGUUGGACACAAUAAUAUUGUUGAUAAGUACACAGAAAGAUAAGUACAGCUAAAGUUAUAACAUUUGGACAAUGAGUUCGGCACGUUUUGCUCGUUCGGGCCGCGUUCGAAUAUGCAUUCUGAUGAGCAUGUUUGUUGUGCUCAUCAUGAUGAUUGUCAUUUACCACAUGUCGCAACAGCAACUUGACGAGACUCGAGUUUUUCGCCAACAUUGCGAACAAAAACAGGAGGAAUUGAACAUAAGGCUACAGUCGCUCACUGACAACAAGCUGGCGGCAGAGAAGAAAGUGGAGGUGAUGCGUGCGGAAAAGCAAAGUAUACAGGAUGAGUAUGAAAAGCAACAGGACGCAGAACGUACACUGCAACAGAGGUACGAUGUGCAAAUUAGCAAAUACAAAAUACUCGAGGACAAACACAAUGAACUACAGGCUGAAUGCGUCAAGAGCAAGAAGAAGCACAUCGAAGAUACAAAUGCAUUGAUCGCGCAGUUACAGCAGCUGCAACAGGACAACAAGCAGCACGAAGCAACAGUCUGGAAGGAUAAGUACGAGGCGAUUCUUAAGGAAUCCGAACACAAAACACACACCCUAGAGGAAGCACUUAGCGAACUAAAGGCUCACUGCGAAUUAAAGGCGCAGGCGCAACCGAAACACCAACUUGUUAAGCCAGUCGGGUCGCUGAGCCCGGACACGACGCCCACACAUCACUACAGUCCCGCCCAGCCAGCGCACAGCAUUGAGAAGCCCCGCAACGAAAAGUCUUUCAACGAGCAAGUACAAGUGAGUCCAGGACUGUACAGAAUAGGCGUCUCUAAGACGAGCCAAGCAACUAACCCAACAACUAAACGCCAUGGUGUCGGUGUGGAACGGCUGCUGGAACUGAAACAGCAACAUUUGCAGCGCUUUGAUCUGCGCAAUAAUAAUAGCCUCAUACUAAAUUCUGUUGAAAAUUUUCAGAUUGUGCCCAAAGGGCUGAAAACUUUAGCGGAUGAAACCAAUAAACAACAACAGCAAGAUCAGCCCGUACUCGCCGCUGCCGCAGCCGCUGGAGCCGUUUCGCCGCUAAGCGCGCCCCGGAAGUCCAACUCUAGUACUCCAAAUGCCGAAGCAUCACAAAAUGCCUCUCUGGCACCAAAAGCCGUAGGUAGCAGCAGCAGUAGUGGUCAGCCGCCUUUGGUUAUGCCGCCAGCGAAGCCAUCAGCUGAAGCUAAAAUAGAACGCAAGCUACCUGAGAAUGUGGCACCUAUUCCUGAUAAUUUCGAUGGCAGAGGUGAGCCAGCGGCGGAUGUAGAUACGGCAGCCGAAGAGCUGCCCAAAAACGAAAAGAACAAUCGAUAUUCCAAUGUGCUGGACGAUCUGGAGUCUAAUAAAAACCAAGGAAUAAUUGACUCUGGAGCGCAUGAAGUUAAGGAUGCCUUAAACGAACAAAACUUCAAUUUGCCAGGCGCUGAACACAAUUUAUUUGAUAACGAUGUUGGAGCUGGUCAUGCUGCUGAAGCGGAUAACAAACUGUUGGCCGCAGAUGCAGCCGCUGUUGGUGGGGGUGGAGGUGACGACGAUGACGACGUUAUGUUGGGGGAUGUGGCGGUAAAGCAGCCCCAGCACUUGCUCGACAAUGACAAUUUAAAUAAUGAAAUCGCUGGAGAUCAGGGCAAGGAGUUUGCCGAUGCUGUGCAUCUGGACGAUGGCAUGGAUGAGGAUCAAGAUGAGGAUGACUACAACGUGCCCGCACGCAAGGCGGCUGCCGAUUCGCCUGUUAGAAAUUAGAGGAUUCCCUGUAGAUUUAAUAGUCUAUGCUAUACAUUAGUAUUUUAAACCGGCAUCUCUACUGGCAAAUCUGAUUAGCUCUUCAAGGUAAAAUCAAAUACCAGCCACUUUAGUUGAUAAGGUUCAGUCCCAUUCUCAUCAAUAAGAUUUCAUUGAAAAUUAGGAGGCAGAAAUUCCACGCAAUAUGAUUGUAUUCGCAAACUGUUGCAAAGUGCAAUAUUUAAUUAGAUUUGUAAAAAACCGGUUAGUGCACAACAUUUCAAUUUUUUGAUCAUUUCUAUAUUGUUAUUUAAACAUUAAAAACUAUUUAAUUGAUAAUUCGUCUGUUAGUACUUGAAAAAUUUCAAAAUUUAUUUACUUAUACAUUUAUUUAUAUCUAUUUGUUCAGUGUAUGUAUUCAAGUAAAUAUUUGAAGUUUUGGAGACAGUGUGAGAUAAAUUAAUUAUAGCUGCAAAACAAUCUAAGAAUUCAAAGUAUCUUACUAAGCGGUAUAUAUGUAAAUUGUGAUUAUGUUUAAUUAAUUCUUAUAGCCGGCUCUGAAGCGCUCAUUGGGUUAUUGUGUGUUAAAAAAAUUGUGUCGAAUUCUUCCUCCUAAUAUUUGAUGGCUUUAGUGUUUUUCAUCUGUCUUGAAGUUGUAAGUAUAUACUUUGUUUUCUGUGAUAAAAACUUGCAAAGCUGCAUUUUUUCGUUGCUUUAAACAAUUGUGUCUGUACUCAUUUAUUAUUCAAGUAUAUGAUAAUGAUAAUUUAGUUAAAUCGUAAGUCAAAUCGAAACGAACAAACUGUGUCUACAUUUUAAAACACAAAAAACUUUAUUUGAAGCGUAA